AUGGACCCGGAAGGGAUUGAGGAGGACUAUUACCGCUACGAAGUUCUGAAGGACUGCGACCUGGGAUGGCUCGACAAACUCCGUGCUCUAGGUGUUAAUCCUGAAGCGCAUGGAAACGACAAGUCUUUUCUCACUGGCAGCGGUCGUUACUGGGAUUGCGGGGGUAUUGAGGUUGCCGCAGGGGAUGAUCCGAACUUCCCCUUCCGCAGUGACUCUGACGCGGUUAUCCCUAUGACUGCUUAUCAUGAUUUUGCCAACAUUGGGGAACCCCAUGUAUUUCCUUUCCAUUCAGUUUGCUACGAGGAUAUCCUCCAGAGGUGUAUCCGCAAGGGAAAGUCUGAGCCGAUCAAGGGAGAUAUACUGUUCAAUGUCUUUGAAGACUUGAAUGGGCAGCGGCACGUCCGACUAGAGCUCAGUUAUGGCGAACCAGGGCCCCCUGCAGAACAGGUCUGGUGCACCGUUAAAGGUCAAGAGCUUUUGGUAGUAAACCCGGUUAAAAUUCCCUGGCUGGACGCCGAUCUUGAUCCUAUCAUAAAUUGCGUGGACAAAAAGGCGGGGCCGAAUCAGCACUCCCAGAAUCAGGAUAUUUUCAAUAGGCUCCCAUCUGAGCUGCGACAAGAGAUCCUUAAGCUCCUUCCAGCUGACUCUAUUCUCACACUGAAGGCUGUUUCAUGGACGAUGCAUACUACUACCCUGUCACCCAUCCUUUGGAAGGACAAGUUGCAACGUGAAAUGCCGUGGCUCUGGGAAAUUGGCGAGAUUGAUACUUUCCAAUCCCAGGAGUCAGAGGCAAAGCUUCUGAGCUACUUCUAA